AUGUCUUUAAGAGGUUCGGAAUACUACGAGCAGCACUUUCUUCUUUCCAAAGAGAUAGUGCAAUUUAUAUUGGGCGUACGUCGUCAUCAAAAUUCGAAAGACUUGUUGUUUUUUCUGUGUGUAGUAACUAUUUACGUAUUACCUAUGAUUGUGCAUCAGUUUUAUCAGCUUUCUACAUUGGAUAUUAAAUUGAAUUCCAAUUAUAAAAUACUACAGAAGACGUUAUGUAUUUUAUGUAUUAUUUGCAUUUAUGCAAAUGUUUGCUUUCAUUCUCCAACGAUGCAAAAAUUACUUGUUAAUUUUACGAAUCGUAUGGAUAAUUGCGAACUGUUUCUGGAUAAGAAUGAAUUAUAUAUUUUAGACAAAUACGUGAAACAAUCCAAAUUAAUUACGAUUAUUUUCGCGAGUUCCGGCUCUCUUUAUGGUAUUUCGAUAACACUACCAAGUAUUUUAAGUGUUUUCUUCAAUAUUUUUGGGACAGUUAACGGUGUGCAUGUAACCUUACCAUUUCCUGUUAAUAAUGUCUCUAAUGCAGGGCCAUUUUAUUAUGGUUUGCUUAUUUAUCAAAUAACAGCAAUCUUUAUUAUGUUGAUAAUAACUUGCGUUUCCUUUUCAUCGUAUUUGGUAAUAAUCCAGCACGCAUGUGUGCUAUUUAGGUUUCUAAUGAUUAAAAUAAAUCAACCGUUCAAGGACCAGGUAUAUAAAAAAGAUUGUUGGUAUAAUAGAAAAAUUCAGAAAGAGCAGAAAUGGAUUGUCGACAUAAUAGCCCGAUAUAUAAAAGCUACGGAAUAUGUAGAUUUGAUAAACAAUUUUUCCAAGAUAAUUUACUUAAUUGGAGUUUUUCUUUCCAUGGUAUUUAUUUUCUUUGAUCUUCUUUAUAUAUUGCAAUUUCCUACGAUUUUGAAAAAUGCAGACGAAACGUUUGAAUGUUUCGUCGUUAUUGUCGGAUCUUUAUCAACUGCUUAUAUUAAUUUUUACAUGGGACAAAUGGUUAUUGAUCAUAGCACAGCAGUUUUCCAAGAAUUAUGUCAAGUUCCAUUUUAUACGCUCUCUGGAAAAGCUCAAAAACUUUUGUUACUUAUAAUAGCAAGAAGCAUGAAGCCAUGCCAUAUUUCAAUCGGUGGUAUAUUUAUAGCGUCGCAUGAAAUUUUUGCCAAGAUAAUUCAAAAAGUUUUUUCAUUUGCAAUGGUAUUUUAUAGAAUGCUGUAAAGAAAAUGGUAAUACCACAAUGAAAAUAUAUAUUUUGUAGUUACAAAUAGAAGAUUACACUUCUUCCAAAAGUCACAUUUUUGAACUUUGCAAUCAUUUUAAGUAUUAAAGAUAGUUAAAUAUAACUGUUGUAGAUUUAAAUUUGGUU